AUGUUUCUAUUUUGGGUCUAUGUAAUAUGGAAGUGUGUAGGGGACACCCCCACGGAAAGUGCUCCAAAAGAAGUUGCGCUCUACUCGUUCACAUACUUUUGCUACUGCGCCUUUGCGGGGGCGCUAUCUGGGAUCCCCCACGCGUUUGUCCUCCCGAUGGACAUACUCAAAUGUCGAAUUCAGGUUGGCAGGUGCAGGGGCUUCACAGAUGGCCUCGUAUCCAUCUUCAAGACGGAGGCCAAAGGCUCGUGUUUGCAGGCGCUUGGUAUACUAUAUCGUGGAUGGUUGCCGGCCACGUGUGGGUAUCUGGUCCAAGGUUCGAUCAAGUUCUUUCUGUAUGAAGCGUUCAAGUACUAUAUCUUGAGUAUGAUUAAUAAACGCGCGGAGGCGAGCGCAGAAGAACAGUAUGCCUUUUGUGUGGUCGGAUACUCAGCACAAGAAGCCCUGGGUAUUUUAGUUGCGAGCUGUGUGGCGGAGAUCGUGGCGGAUCUGUCAUUAGCCCCUUGUGAGGCAAUUAAAAUCAAGGUUCAAACGUCAGGAACGAACUCGACAAGCCUGUCGGAGGUGAUUCUUCGGAUGUGGUCGCAAGGAGGACUGUACACCUUCUAUAGAGGCCUCAUUCCACUAUGGUGUCGCCAGGUACCGUCCACCGUCAUAAAAUUUAUCUGUUUCGAAAGAAUAGUGCGUUUCCUGUACUCUAUUUUUUUUAACCUGAACGAAACCAACGGCAAAGGCGUAAACAACAAUAGCAAGAGUGGCUUUUCUCAUAUUUGUCUUUCGUUGUUAGCUGGAGCCUUGUCUGGUGUUAUUUGCGCAGCGGCAAGCCACCCCGCCGAUACCAUCCUUUCCAAGCUUUAUCAGGAUGGCCUCACCCCUGUGAUCGUCCCAUCACGGGAAGAUCACGAUAAAGGCGAAUGCAGUACCGAUUUACCGUCCGAAACCUUUGUGGAGGUUGGGAAGUGUGGUGCUUCAGACGCCGGCCUAACGCGUAGCUCUGAAAUAACCGUUGGCAGGCAGAAAGGAGGGGUCGUGAGCUACCAAGAGCCAAUGAAUGGGUCUUCAAAGGCUACAUCAGCGCUCAACUUGAAUGAUGCCGAAGAGGUCAAAUUCGCUAGCUCUACUCCUAGAAAAGGUUCGGUUGGCAAUGGGCAAAAAGGAAGGACUCCGCUGCUUCAGCUGAUCAGAAGCUUAACGUGGAGAGAUAUUUGGCGUGGCCUGCUGCUUCGGGUGAUUAUGAUGGCCAUUUGGAGCUCCAUGCAGUGGGCAGUAUACGAUUCUGUCAAGGUCCUUCUAGGAUUCCCUGCAACAGGUAGCUCCUAG